UGAAGGAAGGAAAAGGGAGACUGGAUAAAAGGUUGUUGGGACAAGAUGCUGCUUCUUGUAGAGCUGAUGAAAAACAGCUCAAGUGGUAAACAAACAAGCAAGUGCAUAGAAAAUAAGCGAUACAUGUGAAAUGGAGAACAGGAGAUGUGAUUGGAGUGUUACUAAGGUCUCUCUGGAAGAGCUCCUGAGAUGUUAUAAACAGCCUGUAAGUGAGGAGCAAGCUUGGGCCAUUUGCUUUCAGUGCUGCUGUAAAAUGAAGCAGUUGGCUCAAGGGCUCCAUCCAUGGUUUCCCACUGUGGUUAUAAAAGGCCCUGGAAGCAUCUUCAUCCAUUCCAGUGGCAAUGUUUCCUUCCUGCUGUGCUGUAAAUCUGAUGUUCACAAGACACAACAAUCAGAGGACAAGCUGCUGGAGUGUCUGGGAAUGGUGAUCUAUAAUGCCCUGGACUGGGGCAUUGACAGCCAUAUGGAGCGAGAGCUGAGCAAACCCCUGGAAAACCUGAUUUCCCUUAUGCUGAAGCUAGACAUUGAGGCAACAAAACCAGCAAUCAGUCUUCAGGAUGUCAUUAAGAUCUGUGAGGAGCAUGUGUCCUGGCCCUCUGAGGCUUCCAGCCAUUACAGAACAAUCUCUAGGGCUCUCUUUGCUGACUACAUGGAUCUUCAGCAACUCGCAUUUACCAUCCAGAACUCCAAAGAGAGUCUGAAAAGAAUGGAUGUGGUAGCUUUGCUGGAAAAUUCUUCCCAGAAGAAGGCAAAUUGCUGGGCUGCCUUGUGGCAUGAUGUUGUUGAUGAACUGCGGAAGGGAGUGAAGCUGCGUAAGGCCACAAAACAGCUACAGCAUAACAGUCCUCUAAAAGAGUCUGCCCGCUCCCCCUUCGAGAUAUUGGCAGAUGACAUCCGACACAAGAGGUAUACUCUCCAGAAGGUGAAGAUCAACAGUGAGCAAAAGAUCAGGAGCUCUGAAGAAAACACAAUCCUUCUAAAGCUGCCUUUAAAGCCAGUGGUAGAGAGAAAACUGAAGGACUGUUUCCCGCAGGAACCUAGUCAGCAUGAGCUGCUCAUGACAGAAAUAAAACAGCCACACAAACUUCGGCCAUCUCCCACAGAAAGAAAUAAAAGUAGGCCCAAAGAUGCUUCUGUGACACUAAACAUCUUUAAUUUUCCUUGCGACAGUGGUUUAUCUAUCCAAAAUGCCAGUACAGGACUUAAUGCUCACGAAGUUGAAAACUGGCUGCUGGGUUCUGACCUGCUGGGCCAAGAAUUUCAGGAAGGAGGUUGGCCAUUGGAAAAUGCCCAGAGUGUGACCUCAGAAAGGUCAUUUUUACAGAAUUGCAACAGCAGAGGUUUCUCUGCAGACUGCAAGUUUACUCCCACAAGAAUUUCAUCACCAAGUGACCUCAACACACACAGCUUUCUGAAUUCAAACCAUCAGCAACCUUCCUGCCGAGGGAGAUCAAUGUCUAUAGGGAAUGCCCUGCAAAGCAAGGAGCAUGGGAGAGAGAAUUCUACAAAGUGGCCAUUGCCAACUAUUACUGAUCUGAUUGGAACCCGAUAUGCCAUGAUGGCAUCUGAAAUGGAGAUUGCUUUCCACAGAUAUGGUUGCAGUAUAUCUUCAAGAGCCAAGGUCUGUUUCAGUUGCCAUAAGCAGAUGUUCUUUAAAUGGCCUUACAGCUGUCAUCUCUGUAGCAGUGUUAUCUGCUGUGACUGCUGCAUCAAGAUGUCCAUGCCCUUCAGACAGUGUGUAUAUCUCCCACUCAGCUUCCUAAAGCCACUAAGAGUCCUCAAACAUGAGGGCCCAGCUGCACAAGAAGAGAGAGCCUCCCAGAUGUUGCAUGAAGCAGAACAUUGGAGCUGUCCUAGAGUACCACUUGUGUUUGAACCUUGGUGCACAGCACAGCCUCUUGCCAGUCACAAGACCACCAUGGUGGACUGGCCUUCUAUGGACAUCUGUACCAAAUGUGAGCAGUAUCUGUUGCAUGUCACUUCCUGUCAGCAGCAGCGUACCCCUCCCAGGAAAAGAUCCUGGUCAUGGGCUGCACUGGAAUGAUCCCCUCAUGUGCAUCUCCUCUCUGGUUUUUUG